CACAACACUCUCUUUAAUCUUAAGAGCUUAGUUUCACGUAACAAACUAAUCUUAAGAGCUUAGUUUCACGUAACAAACUUCGAAACAAUUGUUUGUGUCAGGUGUUUUGAUUUUCUUUUUUUCAUUUGCAAAAAACCCUAUUUUAGUUUUGUGUUUUUUUCUUUGUGGGAUUGAAAUUUCUUGUUUCUUUGAAGUGAUUUUUACUGUGAGUGCCCAGUGGGGGGAACGGGUGAUGAUAGCAAGUUUGUCUGCAAGUGAGUAACGAGAUACGAAAUAAGAGAGAAAGAGAAAGAGAAGGAAGGAAGGGCUGUUCAUGCUGUUCUCACGCACCAUCCUAUGUCGUUAUGUGGCUAAUGGAUUGGGUCCACUCUCUUCUUCCUUUUCUCUUUCUCUCUCUCUCAAAUGAUCUCAUUUAAUAUGAUUUUGUAAUUUGAAAGAAAUGAGCAAAAUCAUGUAAAAUUGUUUGAGGGGAAGUAAAAAGAAAGAAGAAAAAGGAAAUAUGCUGAGAGGGUGUAUAUGUGUUACUGUAUCUGCAUGACACCCAAUAAGAGAAGAAACAUCACUUUGUUCACAAUUUGGCAUUUAAAAAGGAAGAGAAAGAAACAGUAGAGGACAAAAAGAAAAGCAGCAAAAUAUCCUUAGGUUAAUUUUUUUUUUCUCCUCAACUUCCCUUGAUUUUUGUUUGUCUUUCAGAUAUUUGCCUUUUUAGGAUUUUCAUCAACCAAUUUUACUCAAAAAGCUUGAAUCGCCCCCUUCUCAGCUUUUUCAGAUAAGAUUUCAUAGGAACACCAAAAAUUUUCAAUGUGUGGUUGCUGUAAGAUAAUGGGUUUUUUUUUUUUGUAAGAAAACUGAGAGAUAUAUAGAAGAAUAACUAUUUGAAGAAAACAAGAACAGCAAGAGGGGGGUUGUCUAAAGAUGGAUGCAUCUUACCCCGCAGGACCUUUCUUUGGAAUUAGAGAAGAAGAUCAAAACCAGAUGAAGCAACAGCAUUCUUCAACACCAACUUCAUCCACAGGCCCAGCUCCACCGCCGCCUCUGAAGAAAAAGAGAAACCAACCUGGAACACCAAGCAAGUAUCCAAUUUUCUCCACCAAUUCAAAUCCAGAUGCUGAAGUGAUAGCACUAUCUCCCAAGGCCCUAAUGGCAACAAACAGGUUCAUUUGUGAGGUAUGCAACAAAGGGUUUCAAAGGGAGCAAAACUUACAGCUCCACAGAAGAGGACACAACCUGCCUUGGAAGCUAAGACAGAAGACUACAAAAGAAGUGAAGAGGAAGGUUUAUCUCUGUCCUGAGCCCACAUGCGUCCACCAUGACCCGUCCAGGGCACUUGGCGACCUUACUGGCAUCAAAAAGCAUUACUCAAGAAAACAUGGUGAAAAGAAAUGGAAGUGUGAGAAGUGUUCUAAGAGGUACGCUGUGCAAUCUGAUUGGAAAGCUCAUUCAAAGACCUGUGGCACUCGAGAGUACAGAUGUGACUGUGGCACUCUCUUCUCAAGGCGUGACAGUUUUAUCACUCACAGGGCAUUUUGUGAUGCACUGGCUCAGGAAACUGCAAGGCACCCUCCUUCCUUGAACUCCAUUGGCAACCAUUUAUAUGGAAGUAGCAAUAUGAGCUUAGGCUUAUCUCAAAUGGGAACUCAAAUUUCAUCGAUACAAGACCAGAAUAACAAGACUGGUGACAUUUUAAGACUUGGUGGUGGUGUCAGGAAUACCCAGUUUGAUCAUCUUCUCCCUCCAUCGAUGGGAUCGUCAUCGUCGUUUCGACCUCAACAACCCAUGGUUUCUUCAUCUGCUUUCUUCAUGCAUGAGUCUAACCAAAAUUUCAAUCAAGAACAUCAACCUCAACAAGGAUUGUUGGGAAACAACAAAUCGUUCCAAGGACUAAUGCAGUACCCUGAUAUGCAAAACAUCAUCAACCCUCCUUUAGGAGCCAGUCUCUUCAACCUUAGCUUCCUUUCCAAUAGCAGCAACACAAGCAGCAUCAGUAACAGCAACAAUGCCAAGACAGACAACAAUUUAGCAUCUUCAGGUCUGCUAAUUCCUGAUAAUUUCAACAACGAAAACGGUGGUGCUGGAACAAGCGAAGCAUCAAAUCUCUUCUCAAACAACAUAGUGGGCGAUCAAAUCACCUCCAACAUCCCUUCUCUCUUUAGCUCAUCAGUUCAAAACAAUAACAUGGUACCCCAAAUGUCAGCUACCGCAUUGCUUCAAAGAGCAGCUCAAAUGGGCUCAAGUUCCGGUAACAACAACAGCGCCUCUCUUCUAAGAAGCUUUGGUAACUCUUCCUCAACCGGAACCAAACCCUCAAACUUUGGAGGCAUUUUGGGAGAUAGCACAGGGAACAACCUGCAUGAACUAAUGAACUCCAUAGCAAGUGGUAAUUCCUCCAUUUUUGGAGGUGGGUCAGCAGGCGUCAAUACAUAUAGCACUGGAUAUGUACAAGAAAACCCUUAUACAAGUAGAAGUAGCAUGGAACAAGAAAAGCAGCACCUGCAGCAAAAAUUGAAUGUUAGCAUUGGUGAGUCAGAUAGAUUGACUAGAGACUUCCUUGGCGUUGGCCGAAUAGUUAGAAGCAUGAGCAUAGGAGGGGUUUCACAAAGGGAGCAACAGGCACAGCAGCAGCAACAACAACAACAACAACAAGGAAUCGGGUUAAGAGCCUCGGGUUCAGAGAGAAAUAAUGUUACCGCGCCGGCAGGCCACCAAUCUUUUAAAGGAGGUGGGAAUUUUCAAUAAGAAAAAAAAAAAAAGCAAUAUGAAGAAAGUACAAAGACAAUGCUCAAUGGCAAGGCCUUUUUGCUCUUAUCUGGUACUUUUUUUUUCGAUAUGUCAAGUGAACAACUAGGAGAAGUGGGAGUCAAAGGGGUGGUUUCGAAACUGAUCAAGUGAUGAUCAUCAAUCAGCAAAAGGCAGCUAAAACCCCUAUAAUCCAAGCUAUAUUUAUGAACUUUCUUUCUUCCCUUCAACUGUUAAUGGGAAUGAAUUUCCGGUCAAUCCCACCUACAAUCUUUAUCAUACUUUUGAUGGUGACUUUAGCCAAGAAAAUCUUUUCUUGUUUCUUUUUGGAUUAGUUCUAUUUUAUGCAACGUUAGUUAUAUAUAUUUCUAGCCA